AUGCUUAUUCUUUCAGGCCCUCUGGGCUCGAGUGCAUGCAAGGAUACCGUUUGUGCGAUGACAGAGCAUGUUUGCUCUUCCACCCCGAGAAAUAUGAUACAAGCGACUCUCCUUGCCCUCGAAGCUGAAGGUCGAUCGCGGCAAACGCCAGGUGACAUGAUAUCAGGGCGCACUCGAUCUAUAUCAGCGUUCUCCAGUAUCGUCUCUCGGUACCCUCCUUCGGCCAUACGGCUCUCCUCGCCCCGCGAUGCAGUUUCAGCUGGCUCUUCUCGCUCUCGGAGGCUUCCUCUUCUCCUCUGCAACGGUGUUGAUGCAAGAGGUCCACAUCAGCUUCGACCUGCCGUUGCCGACCGGCGCCUCAAGCCCGCGACUGGAGCAGGACAUAAAGGAACACGAUCCGAAAACGACCUCAACCUCCUCUCAUGA